GCCCGUGCGCCACAACGAAGGAAGGGCUGCGCGCGCGCGUUUUUCCCAGCGAGGUAGCGAGAGGAUUGCAGACGAGUGCUACAGAGCUCGGCGUGGUCUCCGUGAUGGCCAAAGUUUGUGCCAUUUUUGGAGGAUCCCGAGGAAUUGGAAAAGCUGUUGCACAACUGCUGGCAUGGAAAGGAUACCGCUUGGCUAUUAUUGCUAGAAAUCUGGAAGUAGCUCAAACUACUGUGAAUCACCUUGGGGCAGGUCAUAUGGCACUUAGCUGUGAUGUAGCCAUGGAACAAGAUGUCCAAAAUACACUUGAGGAGGUGGAGAAGAAUUUAGGUCAUGUUAAUUACUUGGUUAAUGCUGCUGGAAUCAACAGGGAUGGCUUGUUGCUGAGAACCACAUCUGAAGAUAUGGUAUCCCAAAUUAACACUAAUCUUCUGGGAACGAUGUUGACAUGCAAAGCUGCUGUAAGGCAUAUGCUUCAACAGCAGGGAGGUGCUAUUGUUAACAUAGGAAGUAUUGUUGGACUCAAGGGCAAUUCUGGUCAGAGUGUGUACAGUGCCAGCAAAGCAGGGUUAGUUGGAUUUUCACGCUCUCUUGCUAAAGAAGUAGCAAGAAAGAAAAUUCGAGUCAACGUGGUUGCUCCAGGUGAUAUACUGUGGCUAUGUGACAUAGAAGACGUGACUGAAACAUUAUUAUUGGCAGAUAACUCUGAAACUAUAGAAAAUGAUGGUGCUCUUGAAGGUGGAUAGUCUUCAGAAUCCUGUAUGUUGAGGAUGGAUUUUCCUAAACAAAAUAAGCCAAUGCAGUUAUUUAAUUAUUAUUACCAUACUGCUCAUUUAGUAUUACUCGUUGCAUUCACUGACGCUCAGUACUACUUAAAAGGUGAAAUUGUAAAAGGAAGAUCUGCCUAUUUUAGCUAUUUAUUUUUUAUCACAACUGCAUCUAGAGUAACUACUAUAUUAUUGCUCACACAUAAGAAUUCAAGAAUCGUCCAGAAGGAAGACAGGCAGUCGUUAAGAAAGAAGUAUGAAACAAAAAAGUUUACCAGCCUGAAGAUCCUGCAUGUUCAGACAUGUUCCUUUCAUCAUCUUCAACGUAGCUUCCUCCUGAGAAGGAGCGCUUCUCAUGAUGUUUCAUUCAGGCGACUAGGCCUUGCAUUUCUUUGUUGCACUGUUUGCAUUUUGCAUGCAUGCCUGUCUUACCCACAGGUAGAGGAGCUUCAUUAAAAUAUUCCCAACCUGGGUCUCUUUUAUGGCCUGCUGCCAUGAUAGGUUUUCCCUUCUAGUGAGAGAAUGGUAUGGUAGAUCUCAAAUCAAUGAAGGCUACACUCAGAAAGACCUCAAGACUUCUGGAAUAAGCUGCUCAAACAGUUUCACUUUUGUUUCUACUGCCUGUCCCUCCCUUCUCACAUUUAUCACCAGACUUCUCCUUGUCCAGAUUUAUUCUGCCCUCAACAACCUUCUAUUCAUUGAACUUUUUGAAACGUUGCAAGUUUAGAGAGAGGUAAGGGAUUGACUCUGUGUACACAAAUUUGCAGAGGGAUGAUACCGUUUAGGUCUGUUCUUUUUUUCCCUCACCUUUAUUAUUAUUUAAAAACAUUUUUGCUGUUAACAAGCAUGUUAUCUCUGGAGACACAAAUCCACUGAUUGAAAACUGCAAAACUAAGCAUCUCUGAUGGUAUCUUCUAGACUGAGCACUGAGUCCCAUUGGGUAGAUAGAAAGAUCAACCUAAAUAAUCUAUACAGAAGCCCCUGGAACCCGAUAAGAUUGGGUCCCGAAUCCAUGAAUUAUUGGAACUCAUUUACAAAACUUUUCUUAAACAUUACAUGAAUAAAU